AUGGCACAAGAAAGAACAUUAAACCGUGAAGAACCACAUUAUUUUGGUGCUGGCCCAGCCUUAUUACCAACUUCAGUCCUACAAGAAGCUGCAUAUGAUUUGAUCACGUAUGGCGACGAGAAUAUUGGUGUCGGUGAAAUUUCUCACCGUUCUAAACCAGCAAUUGGUAUAAUUGAUAGUACUAAAGAAAAACUAAGCGAAUUAAUGAAUAUUCCAGACACCCACGAAGUAUUUUUCAUGCAAGGAGGUGGUACGACUGGAUUUUCGUCUAUUGUGUAUAAUUUAAUGGCUAAUUACACUAAAAGAACAGGUAAGAAAGGAAAAGCAGCCUAUGCUAUUACAGGAUCAUGGUCUGCCAAAGCUGCAGAAGAGUCUAAGAGGUUAGGUUUCGAAACCGACAUUGUGGUUAAUACCAAAAAUAGGAAGUAUGGCGAUAUACCUCCAUAUUCUGAAUGGAAGUCAAUUGACAAGGAAUCAACAGCUUACUUAUACGUUUGUGACAAUGAAACUGUCAAUGGUAAUGAGUUUCAAGAUACUCCGGGACCUAAUUAUUUACCAGAAGGUGUUGAAUUAGUUUCAGACAUGUCUUCUAAUAUUUUAUCCAAGGAAAUUGAUGUUAGUAAAUACGGUUUAAUUAUGGCUGGUGCACAAAAGAAUAUCGGUCUUGCUGGUUUGACUAUUUAUAUUAUAAAAAAGUCAUUGUUGGAGCAAGCUUCUGACGAAGAAUUGAAUUCAAAAAACAUUCCAUUGACCCCAAUUGCGUUCCAUUAUCCAACCGUAGUCAAGAACAAUUCGGCUUACAAUACGAUUCCAAUUUUCACCUGUCAUAUGAUAAACUUAGUUCUUAAGAAAUUACAGGACGCUGGAGGUGUCUCUGCUAUGGAAAAGACCAAUGAACAAAAGGCAAAAACAUUAUACGGAGCAUUAGAAAACUAUCCAAAUUUCUAUAAGAUGCCAGUGACAAACCGUAGUGUUCGCUCGAGAAUGAAUGUUGUUUUCAAUUUACCAAAUGCUGAUUUGGAAGCUAAAUUCGUAUCUGAGGCUGCUGAAAGAAAAUUGACUGGUUUGAAGGGUCAUAGAUCUGUCGGUGGUAUCAGAGCUUCAAUUUAUAAUGCAGUUAGCCUCGAAAGCGUUGAACUCUUAGUCAAGUUUGUCAAUGACUUUGCUGAAGCCAAUAAAUAG